AUGCAGCGGAAAGGACAAAUCUACACGGACACGAUAUAUUUGUGUAGUAGUGUCCCUGACGGAAAGCUUACUACAGCACAAUUAUUACUACUUGGGAGUCAAAUAAAUGAACUGCAUCAAAGGAGUCUUCUCGGUUUUCAUUUUCCUUCCUUCUUUUCUCUAUUUUUACUUCCCGUUGUUUUAUAUUAUAUGCUUGUUUCUCGUUUGCAUACAUCUACAAUGCUCUUACCGGGGGGCAUCAGCCCAAACGCUUGUGCGAGAAUCCCGAGAUCAUUAACUCACCACCUGCAUCACUCGGAAAUGUGGCCCUGGGCUGAUGGGGCGCCCAAGUCCACAAAUCUAAGUUACAUUGGUUGUGUAACUACUUGGAAAGCUUUAACGCCUGAAUUAGUGCCGCUCACCACUCAUUUCUCCGCAUGCAGAGUAAGGUCUUACAGGUUGCCUAUCUACAAUUUGACCCUCAGCUGGGAGGUGGGUCCCACGCCUUCAUCAUCAUCAUCAUCAUCCUUUGCCCAGCUUUCCCAGCAGUCUGCAAUGAGAGGUGGUGCCCGCCAUUGA